UCAAGGACUUUGUAAAGACCGACCGAAAUAUUGGUUAACAUUGUAAACUUCACGGGGCCGACAUUUUGUUUUUUGAGUGUUGGAGGUCGUCCGGUUGCGUCCGGUUGCGUGGUCACGUGACGAAUUAUAAUAACAUUUAGGGACCACGCAUAUUCUCUCUUUACCAUAAAAAAAUAACAAUGGUACGGUCAUUGAUACGGAGCCUUGGUUGUAUGUCUAAAUCUCGAGUUGUUUUGGUUGUUGUGGGUUGUUGGUGUGUUCUGGUCCUCACGAAGAACAUGGACUUAGGAGAAAUUAUUUUCAAGUUUGAACGGGAUCUUCAUUACACAAACAACACCGUCAGUGAAGCAUCAUACUUCAGGACGUCCACAGAUAUGACACCACAUGGAGACAGGAAAUAUAUUCAUAGACAUAUUUUAAUAGAGAACGUUACCUCGUACAAUAAGUAUGACGUCACCGUUGUCACUGCGUAUUUCGAUCUUGGAACAUUUAAGAAAGGAUUUGCUGGCAAGUUCUCUACUGAGACCUACCUCAAUUGGGGCAAAAUAUUCAGAUAUUUGCUUAACCCGUUAAUAGUAUACACCGAUUCACAGAAGUUCUAUAAUUUAAUGAAGAACAUAAGAAAUGAAACUGUCAAAACAACACGGAUUCAUCUGAUCAAAAGAAACUCAUCUUGGGCUUUCCAGCUGCAAAGCAAUAUAUCAAAAGUAUUUUCCCAAAAAGGUUACCCUAAACACUAUCCUAAUACAGUUUUACCCGAAUACGCAUGCACACAGCUCGCAAAAUAUGAUGUCAUAUCCCGUGCUUCUCGCGACGACGAGUUCAAGACAAAUUAUGUUAUGUGGCUGGACGUUGGAUACUUCAGAAAUAGAAGGGCAAUCAACAACUUUUCACUAAGAAGGCCGAACGGCUACAACGAAAGUCGUGUAGCUAUGAAUGUAAUCCACGCGAAUACACACAUGACUAUGCCAGUGAAUAAUAUAUUCCGAAAUAAUCUAGUUUGGGUCGGCGGUGGUCUGGUGUUUGCUAAUAGGGAUAUCAUUCUUCGAUACGAAACCCAGCUGAAAAAAGCCGUGGAUUAUUUCCUAAGCAGGCGUCAGAUGAAUACCGAUCAGCAGGUUGUGUACGCGUUGUUUAGUGAUGAGGGGCGACGCGCGAUCCGCCCUCACAUUGAGCUCCAGUUGUACACCCCUCCUGUGGACAAUAACUGGUUCUACCUGGGAAAUAUCAUGCUUCAAGAAGACCUUCCAUUUAUUUCAAAUUCCACCAACAAUAGAAAAAAACAGAACAAAUUUUAGUAUAUAAAAGUUUGAUAGUUGCCUAUGUUACAUAUAUAUAAUUAAUACAUUUCAAGUAUAUAAUAUAGUGAGCGACCUUCAGGGAAUUGUUUAACUAACAUAUAAAGUGUCAACUGAAAUACUAAUAGAACCAUUGCAAAUCACCAGAUUUUAGUACGAUAUCUUAUAAGGGCAAAUAAUAAUACCUCUUAAAGCUGCACUCAUACAGAUUUACAGUAUUGACCUCUUAUUCGUUUUUGUCACAGAAGCAUACAGUAAUAAUGAUGUACACAAUUAAACAGAUUUGCUGUUUCCCAAAAAACAAUUUCCAUUGGAUGCUUUUGCGGUAUUAUUAAGUAUGAUUACAAAAUAUGAGCCCACUACAACA